ACGGUAGAGUCCGUGAAACGGCAACUGGACUUCGAUGAGCGGAGUAGCCUCGAAAUGGAAUCCGAAUUCCUCCGAGCACCUACAAGGGGUACGAAAAGGAGUCGUCGCUUAGACUUCGGAAAAACCGACCCCUCGGUGCUGUUACGUUUUCCUGGUAAGUAAAUGGUUACGAAAAAAUUGGGCAUUCAUAGAAGGAAGUGCACAGCUAUAAAUACAGGUAGUAGUUUAGCAUGUCCCAGGUACUCGGUGACUCCCCAACGGUCGCUAAGAGGUUGAUUUCAUGUGACAUGGAGAAAGAGAGUGAAAAUAAUGGCUGUCUUUAAGAAAAGGCUUGAUUAUGUAUUUAUAACAGAUAGAAGACGCGUGCUUAUGCAACAGGCUAUCAUUUCUUUCUUUGGUUGCCAAUCUGUCACAAUUGUUGUUAUCUUUUCUUCUUGUCAAUAACAUCGUUGCAAAGAAAAGCCGUGCGGGUGGUCGUUCAUUAAUUUUCCUUUCGGUGAAGAUUUUGAAAUGGGGAGCGCUUAUAUGUAGAACAGAACUUUUUUUGGGACCGAGAAUUCUAAAUAACACUUCGGGGAACACAGUCGUUGAAAAGAGUUAGAAAGCAUUAUUUCGUUUGUUAUUAUUUAAUAAGAAAGCAAUAUUCAGUUCUGAUAUGAUAACGCACUCAUUCUUGUUACAGAUUUUGAGGACCAGAUAGCAUUUCACUCAGAGGCUUUGCGUUGGAACUCCUGUAGAAGCAUCUUCUCGGCUAUGCAAAAGGAUAAACUUGAAGCUAUGUUCCUGAAGAAUAAGUAUCCCACUCGCGCAGAGAAAGCGACUUUGGCUGCGACUUUAGACAUUACCAUAAACAAAGUACAGGUAAGGAUAUUCAACUUCUUGAUUUUCACCCAAGCUUAUUAAGAAAAGUGACGAAUAUAAAGUGACGGUCUCUAUAAAAAUAAUGGCCAACGGCUUGACUCUUUCGUUAGUUUGUUCAAUUUUUACUGGGAACGCCAAGUCUUCGAUCUAUGUUCUUACAUUGUGUGGUGGCAGAGUACGGAAUUUUUGCAGUGGCUGAUCGAAGAAACGGGAGCGCGAAAAAUGGUGGGGUCAGCCGUUUCCCUGACGACCACGACUACCGUUUGUUGUUCACCCGCUCACCGCUUGCUCUCAUUGACGAGAGGGUCUGGAACUGGUGGAUGAUAGAUUUCUUUAAAUUGUUUAAAGUAAAGUCAAAGCUCAAAAGUCUGUGUUCGUAACUUUAUUCCGCUUUUUGUUGACAUUGAAUAUUUCAAUUCACUCCUUACUAUUGCGAAUACUCCGUGGUAUUGCGAAUAAUGAAAACUAAAAAUUGCUAAAAAGCAUGCGUACAGUUCUUUAGAAACUAAUAUCUUAUUUCUUGAAAUGGUUAAAUUGCUCUAUCUUUUUCAUUUUCUAACAGACCUGGUUUAGUAACCGUCGCCAAAAGUGGAGAAGACAACAGAAGAAAAAAAUUGCGGGUCCCUUUGGUCAGCCCUCAGUUCUUCCUCGAUUGUCUCUUAUUAAGCGAACCUCUCAGAGCACUGCCAGCCUCCAAUGUUACUCACAGUGCCCUAUACAACAACCAGAGCAAUCUCAGCCUCCAUCUUCCGCUCUGCACCAGGCUACAGUUCCGUUCGCUCCAUCGCUACAGACUGCCCAGUCCUUUGUUGCUUGUAACCAGACGUAUCCGCAGGAAUACCAACCACAGCCGAAGUCUUCGCAAAGACUCUUCUCCCCGCAGUACCAUGCCGUGCCUAAUCUACCUGCUGUUGCAGAAACCAUAUCGCCUCCUUACCUGCCAUUUUCUCACUUGAUGCAGAGAAUCCCACAGCAGUAUCCAAACGCCUAUCUCCCUCCAUUUCAUUCCAAAGAUUCAGAGCCUUCCCAAACUACUUGCCAACCGAUGGACGCGUUUCAUGCCUCCAAAGCAGAGUCUACCCGUCUGGCAGAUGAAUUCCCGUUCUCAUACUCCAUCGCCAAAGAAAUGCCGCAUAUCUUCAGUAACAUGGAAGACGAUGAAGUCCUGGACCAUCCACUCACUCCCUCUUUUGAG